AUGAUAUCUCAUCUAUGGAAAUGCGCCUCUGGCUUUCUUCAAGUAGACGAUUCCUUUACUUUCGAAAAGCUCGAAGAGCUUAGAUUUAUCAAGACCAACGAAGGAGCUCCACUGAACCGUCGGCGCAUAACUUUCUUGGGGAGUGAUGAGAAAGAACUGUUUGUUGAGAAUUUGAAGUGCGACAUCACUGUAACGCAUGAUUGUCUUGUCAUGUUCACAACUCACGAUGGAUUCGCCAAAAACUUGGUCUCAUGCUUUUACAUCGAUGGCAGGGGUCUCACAAAAUUGGAAACAGCUAUGUCUGUUCCAUUGCGAUCUGAUGAGGAAAGCAUAUCUGCCAAAGUGUUUCAGCCAAAUGACUCGGAUAUGGAGCAAGAUUCUGCAAGCUUACUAUAUCAACACAGUAUUUUUGACUCAGCUUCACAAUCGACAAUCGCAAAUUUAAUAUACACUCCAGCCGGAACAUCAGCAAUUGAUGAAGAUCGAGAUUUUGAGGCUGCCCUCUCCACCAAUGAGCGUGAAGCUUCCCUCAAGCAGCGCGAGCAGGAAAUGGACAACCGUGAACGCGAAAUUGCAGAGCAGGAAAGAAAUCUUGUACUGAAAGACCCUCAGAGCUCGGAGAAGAUAGAUAUUGCGCACCUUGAAGCGCGCUUAUCGGAUAUAUUCAGGGCAUUCGAAGAAAAACUCACUUCAAAGACUGUCAAUGACGGCAUAGAAGACUUUGAAGUUAUGGGGACCAAGUUAGCAGGCUACGACAGGGCUAUCAAAAACCGCCACACAGAUGUCAGCGCCAGAGAAAUUGCUCUUGCUCGCUUUCAACUGGCUAUGGAGAAGCUAGAAGGGGCCUUGACUGAGCGAGAAGAAUCGGCUAAAAAGCUCGAGGUUCAGAUUCAGGAACGAGAAAACCUCGCACGUUCACGCGCUCAGGAGUUGGAGACACUCAGCCGCAGCUUGCGCAGGCGUGAUGAACUUCUCAAUGAACGUGAGACUGAGCUUGCAGCUCGGGAUGAAGCAAACAUUCGACUCCGCGAGCAGCUGGAUGCAGAUAGGGAGAUUUUGGAUGCCAGAGAGGCAGCCAUGGAGCAGGGACUUCGAGAUGACUACGAACGUUAUGAUACUUCUCUGUACGACUGUGAGCCAUAUUCCAGCUACGAGGAUGAGGAUGAGGAUGAGGAAAGAGAAGAAGCAGAGGAUUUUAAUGAUCAUUAUUAUUUUUGA